AUGAUCUUGAAAUUAAUUUGCAAAUAUGAGGCUUUAUUCUUCAGCUACAAAAAAGGUAUUCAAUGUAUAUUAUUGGUCUGUGCUACUUAUUUUAUUAUACAAAAACCUUAUUUGACAGCUGUCACAUCUUCUAACCUUCUUUUUAAGAAACUUACAAAUCCUUUUGAGGUUGCACCUAUGAAAUAUAAGGAUGAGUUUGACUUAAUAGUAUCUCCUGCUAAUACUAUUCUUAUUCUUUGUGACAAAAAAUAUUCUAAUUUCUUUGAUUUGUUGUAUGGAAGUGUUAAGAAUAUUAAAAUUUACUACAGAGAUAUAAUUUUUACGACAAAUGAUAAAAAAUUAACUUCUAAGUAUUUUACUGUAAUUUACCUUACGUUUGGAGAUGAAAAUUUUACACAAAUUUUUCCUUUACGAAAUACACAACCAAAUUCAGAUCUUGCAAGUAUUUCUAACUUUUAUUUUCCAAAUAAGUAUCAUGCUAGCAUAAGAGAUCUAAUUUAUGAGCCAGAUUUAAAUUUCCCUUUUACAUUGAAUAUUCAGAUCCAAUAUUCAAGGAAAUAUGUUAAACAUUUUUGUACAUUUCUUAGAGCUUUACAAAAUGUAGAUGCUUUUACAUCAGGAAAAUAUUUUUACAUACCUUUUAAAAACACGCAUUUUGACAUUAAUCAAUUUGCAUUGUUCUGUAUUUUUACUUUUUUAUUCCAUCUUUUUGACUGGAUUGAAGAGCACCAAGAAGGAAGUAUUUUUACUACAGGACUUAAUUUAUUAGCCUUUUAUUUUUUACCAAUAACAUCAAUAUAUUGUAUUAGAUUAAAAAGAGAGCAGAUAUUUUUAGCUCUCAGUUAUUUUUUUAUUCACUUUAGAUACGGCAUUUUGUUAUUUUUAUACUUGUAUUUAUGCGCAUUAAGAAAAAUAACACAAAAUUAUUUACAAAAAUCAACAAAAAAGAACUAA